GUUUGGGUACAGCUGCACACAGCCUCCUUAACAGAGCAUCCUACAUUUCAACACAAAAGGAAAUACUGAAGACCACCUGUGUCCUGACACAAUGCCGGCGUUCAACACACAUGAGAGAACCCAAGGCCGGUUGAACUAUCAGAUUUCCUGCAACAACCAAGAGAACUCCACCCUGCCUGAGGUUGAACUGUUCAGUGAAGCAGGACCUCGGGCCCCCAUGCCACCUGGUGCAAAUCUCGUUGUGUCAAAUAUCAACAUGUAUGAGAACAUGAACAAGGUUGCCCAUCAUACUAAAGCGUACAAUCUCAGCAAGCUGAUCAUCCGUCGCGGACAAGAGUUCAUCAUGGGCAUUGUCUUCAAUCGCCCAUUCAACCCGGGAAUGGACAUGUUUUUUAUCGAGUUUGUGAUUGGCAACAACCCCAGUGUUACCCAACAUACUUUAAUCUGUCUAACCAUUGGUGGAAAUAACCAGACCAACGCCUGGAAUGUCCGUAUAGUGGAGAUUAGUAACUCUGAGACUAAGGUGGGCAUCACACCAGCUGCUGAUGGCAUUGUGGGUCUGUACAGCACCUAUGUCAGUGUUAUAACUGGUUAUGGAAAACAACGAUCUCAGAGAAAUCAAACAACCGACUUCUACAUGCUGUUCAACCCAUGGUCACGUAUGGAUCAGGUUUACCUGGAUGAUGAAAAUGAGAGGCAGGAGUAUGUGCUAAAUGAUGUAGGAAUGAUCUACAAUGGAGAGUAUACUGAUAUUGGCACACGACCAUGGAACUAUGGACAGUUUCAAAAAGGAAUACUGGAAGCUUGCAUUUUCAUUAUGGAUUUGGGGAAAAUGCCCCUCCAGUACAGAGGAAAUGCGGAACAAGUGGUUCGGAAAGCCUCAGCUCUGAUGAACUCACUGGCUGAUAAUGGGGUCCUAGUGGGCAACUGGGGUAGCGAUUUCGGCGAAGGAACUGCCCCCUCGGCCUGGACUGGCAGUGUAGAGAUUCUGCGCCAGUAUUAUUCAUCAGGUGGUGUGUCUGUGAAGUAUGGCCAAUGUUGGGUGUUUGCUGGAGUGUACAACACCUUUCUAAGGUGCCUUGGCCUUCCUGCACGGGUGAUUACAAACUACUGCUCUGCACAUGACAGCGGUGGCCAGCUGACAACUGAUAUUAUUCUGAACGAUGAUGGGAGUUUGGACACAGAUGGUUCAGACAGCAUCUGGAACUUUCACUGCUGGAACGAGGUGUUUCUAAAGAGGAGAAGCAUGCCUGAAAUCUACUCUGGUUGGCAGGUGGUUGACGCCACUCCGCAGGAGAUCAGUGAUGGUUAUUACCGCUGUGGUCCUACAGCUGUGACAGCCAUCAAGACUAAAACUCUGGGCUAUUCGUUUGAUGCACCUUUCGUGUAUGCUGAGGUCAACAGUGAUGUGAUUUUCUAUCAGAAAGACCAAUAUGGAAACAUGAGUGUUAUCUUUCAGGACAGCAACUAUGUAGGAAAGUUGGUUUUGACAAAAAUGAUCGGCUCCAAUGAUUAUAACAAUAUCACAAACUCUUACAAAAAUAUUAAGGGCUUGUUACGCCGGCAGACACCAGAGGAAGACUGUGUUUUUGGCAGCAAUCGCUUCAUACUGCCAGACACUGAUGUACAGCUGUACUUCGAUGCUACAAAAAACAACAAGGACAUAAUAUUAACCAUGACAUUUAACAACCUGAGCAAUGAGCCCCGAACCAUCACCUGCAAAAUCACAGGCAAAGUGGAAUACUACACUGGAGCCACCCGAACCCAGUUCUCGUUCAUCACCCAUGAUGUGUCUUUGCAGGCUUUAGAGACUAAACAGGAAGUCAUCACCGUGACAGCAGAUAUGUACACGAACUUUAUCAUGGGCCAGUCUUUCCUGUCCUUCAUUGUAUAUGCCCUCAUCAAUGAGACCAACAUGUCCCUCACCGCCAUGAAAUCGAUCCAUGUGCAACCCCCUCCCCUCCGGCUUGAGGUGAGCAAAGUCUCUCAUGUUGGAAAGGAUAUGUUUGCGAUACUGAGCUUCACCAACACACUUGGCUAUGACCUGACUGAUGUCACUGUGCGCAUGGAGGGAAUACACCUCUUUCCUGUGAAAACCAAAACAUACAGAAACAUUCACCAAGGUACUAAAAUAAAAUGGAUUGAGUCGUUCAAGCCUCUUCAGGCCGGCGCCAAGACACUGGUGGCCUGCUUGGAUUGUGCUCAUUUAAGAAACGUAUGUGGACACCUGGACAUCGUCAUACAGCAUGCAGAGAACUAAGCAGGAAGAUGAUGCACACCCAGAGAGAGAAAGAAAAAGAGAGAGAGAGAGAGAGAGAGAGAGAGAGAGAGAGAGAGAGACUGGAUGUCAGUAAACAAUAAAUCUUUUUUAAGUUUUCAUCUAAUUACUUCAAAUAAGUGUUCUUUUAAUUACAUUAUUGAAUUUUUCUAUUGAUGAAUAUUAUACUCAUUACAUGGAGAUUGCAUACAAAAUCUUCUUUCGUGAAA